CGCGGAUUUCCUAAAGCAAUUAACUCUACCUACCACGCAAUUUCCCGUGCCACGCAGUAAAGUGCUCCUGGUGGACCAAGUGCGCGCCCAACUGUCCCUGGUGAAGAACUUAGCCGACAUGGCGUGUUCCAUGCUGGGCCCGAGCCUGCUGUACGCCUACACCUACAGCGUGGUCCUGCUCUGCGGCUACGCCUACUACGCCACCGCAGCCGAGUUCCCGUUCCGCGUCAGGCUGUUCUUCUUCUUCUCCUUUGUCCUCCACUGGCUCAGCAUCUUGGUGCCACCAGUCGAGGCGCACCGCAUGAAGAUUGCCGUGACCGAGCUUCGGAGCGUUGUGCAGUGUGUGCCAAUGGCGGACCACUCUGACGACCUCUUAGUACAGCUCCGUAUGAUGCUCUAUGCCAUCAAGCCCGAUGACCUCAAGUUCACAGGUUGUGGUUUCUUUGCUGUUGACCUGUCGACAUUCGCAGGAAUCACCGGAGCAGUCAUCACGUACACAGUUGUCUUGGCCCAGACAAGUGAGAGCUACCUGCGAGACGCUCUUGUACAUUCCUCUAACAUCACGGUUUCCUAAGAAGUGCACUGCGUUUACUGUCGUUUCUGCACCAUUAAGCAAGUCUAUUGCAGUCUGCUUGAAUGUCAAGACAAAUAAAUAAAACAUAAACUGAGGAUACCACAAUUCAUUUGUAUUUUUACAGUUUUUGAGGACAGGCAAUGCCAAUGCGCAACUGAUCAAACGAUCAUGAGGUAAAAUAAAGAUUUAUGCAAACGCAAAGCCUCGUGAAUUUCUUCAUUAGUCAAAAACUAGCAAAUAAGUUGCGUAAAUCUUCGAGGAGCAGGAACUUCCAUGAAAGGAAGAAUUUUCUAUUUCGUGACACUUCCUCCACCAAGCCGUUUACCACAGAACUAAUUUGUCAUAUUCACGGUUCUUGCAUUUCAAAUAAUUCUGUCUCCCACUGCGAUCUGUUAUCCCUUAAGUUAGUUCAGAUAGUAAGGAGACGCCAUGAAGAGACAUUGGUCCCGUGUUCCAAUCU